AGAGAAGUUUAACAGAAAAACCAGUGGUGGGGAGUACAGGUUUGCACGCAUGCGCAGCUCUAGCUCCGAGUCUCCUUUUGGCGCCGCGGGGCAAGGAGAGUAGGAGAGAAAUUUCCCGACGGCGCGGAAGAUGUGCGCCACUUCCGGUCGGGCUCCUAACAACGGGGGAGGCUGGUAACCAGGGUGGGGGGGAUGGCGGAGCGGACGCCGGAGCCCGAGGCGGAGGCGGAGGCUGAGUCGGGCGCAGGCGGGGAGGCGGCGGCCGAGGAGGGCGCGGUGGGUCGCAAGGCGCGGGGUCGGCCGAGGCUCACGGAGUCAGACCGGGCCCGGCGGCGGCUCGAGUCCCGGAAGAAGUACGACGUGCGGCGCGUGUACCUGGGCGAGGCGCACGGGCCCUGGGUGGACCUGCGGCGCCGCAGCGGCUGGAGCGACGCCAAGCUCGCCGCUUACCUCAUCUCGCUGGAGCGCGGCCAGCGUAGCGGCCGCCACGGGAAGCCUUGGGAACAGGUCCCCAAAAAGCCAAAGCACAAGAAAAGGCGCCGGCGCAACGUGAACUGCCUGAAGAACGUGGUCAUCUGGUACGAGGACCACAGGCACCGCUGCCCCUACGAGCCGCACCUGGCCGAGCUGGACCCCACCUUCGGCCUGUACACCACGGCCGUGUGGCAGUGCGAGGCCGGCCACCGCUACUUCCAGGACCUGCACUCGCCCCUGAAGCCCCUCAGCGACUCGGACCCCGACAGCGACAAAGUGGCGAAUGGCCUGGUGGCCGGCAGCUCCGACUCAUCCAGCUGCAGCUCUGCCUCUGACUCUGAGGAGCCCCCCGAGAGCCACUCAGUCAAGGGCUCCUCAGCGGCCACAGUGGCAGCGGUGACAGCAGCGGUGCCUCCUCCCCCCAGUCCUGAGGGGAGCAGCGGGCUCAUCACGCAGGAGGGUGUGCACAUCCCCUUUGACGUCCACCACGUGGAGGGCCUGGCCGAGCAGGGUGCCCCACUGUGCCCCAAUCCCGCAGCCAGUGGCCCCGAAGCCCUGGAGACGGUGGUGUGCGUGCCGGUGCCGGUGCAGGUGGGCGCAGGCCCUGGCGCCCUCUUCGAGAACGUCCCCCAGGAGGCGCUGGGUGAAGUGGUGGCCAGCUGCCCCGUGCCAGGCAUGGUGCCCGGCUCGCAGGUGAUCAUCAUCGCAGGCCCGGGCUAUGAUGCUCUCACGGCUGAAGGCAUCCACCUCAAUGUGGCUGCUGACGGCGGCACCCCCAGCAGCAGCCUGGGCGAGGAGGUGCCCUGCGCCAUGAUGGAGGGCGUGGCAGCCUACACCCAGACAGAGCCUGAAGGCAGCCGGCCCAGCACCUUGGACCCCACCUCCAUAGCCAGCACAGAGACCAAGAAAGGUCUGGAUAGCCCCGCUGUGGCCUCCAGCAGGGGUCGGGUGGGAAAUGGGCUCCUGGACAGCCCUCAUCCCCUGCGGACACCCGCCCUGUGUCCACCCGUAGAGAAGGAGGACCUGUACUUGCUCAGAAAGGAGGAGAAGGAGGAGCUGGUGGCCCCCCAGCUGGCGGAGCUGGCACCGACAGUGCCUGAGAGCGCAGAGCCCGAGGCAGAGGCAGACGGCGAGGAGCUGGAUGGCAGCGACAUGUCUGCCAUCAUCUACGAGAUCCCCAAAGAGCCAGAGAAGAGGCGGCGCAGCAAGCGCUCGCGGGUGAUGGAUGCCGACGGCCUGCUGGAGAUGUUCCACUGUCCCUACGAGGGCUGCAGCCAAGUCUACGUGGCCCUCAGCAGCUUCCAGAACCAUGUCAACCUCGUGCACCGGAAAGGGAAGACCAAAGUGUGCCCUCACCCCGGCUGCGGGAAGAAGUUCUAUUUAUCCAACCACCUGCGGCGGCACAUGAUCAUCCACUCAGGUGUCCGUGAGUUCACCUGUGAGACCUGCGGCAAGUCCUUCAAGAGGAAGAACCACCUGGAGGUGCACCGGCGCACACACACCGGCGAGACGCCUCUGCAGUGUGAGAUCUGCGGCUACCAGUGCCGGCAGCGCGCGUCGCUCAACUGGCACAUGAAGAAGCACACGGCCGAGGUGCAGUACAACUUCACGUGCGAGCGCUGCGGGAAGCGCUUCGAGAAGCUGGACAGCGUCAAGUUCCACACGCUCAAGAGCCACCCGGACCACAAGCCCACCUGACCCACGGACCGCUGACCGUCACCCCUAAUUUAUUCGUCCACUUGGACACCAACCCGGACCCGCGGGGGCCUGGACAGCUGCUGGGGCCACCCGGGUCGGGGCCCGGAAAGAGGCGGCCAUGGCACGCCUGUGCGGCUCCCCCACCCCGCCCUGCUGCCUCUCUCCUCGGAGCUGGCACCUGGCCACGCUGCCGGGACUGUGGAGGGAGCAGAGCGAGAUUAAAAGGCGAGGAAGGAGCA